GCUGCUGUGCCUUUAAUUUCUCUGCUCAGACCGCCCCCCCUCUCUCACACUCAAUCUGAGCUGCAUGCUCGGCACAUCCUGCCACCAGGCCAAACCCCACCUUUCCUCUGUGCAGAGCCAGCAGCGGAGCUAGUGAGCCGGGGCGAGGGAGGCUCCCAGCACCAGCGCGGAGCCAGGAAAGGAGAAGAGAGGAGAGGGAAGGGAAGGGCCCCUCUGGGAGCAGCCCACACAGGGGAGGUGCUGAAGCUAGCGCUGCCUGUGCCUGGCCAGCUGCACCAUGAUGCCCUUCGGGGGAAUUGCCUCCCGGCUGCAGAGAGACCGGCUGCGAGCAGAAGGGGUGGGUGAGCACAGCAAUGCCGUCAAGUACCUGAACCAGGACUACGACACCCUGAAGCAGGCGUGCCUGGAGAGUGGCGCACUCUUCGAGGACCCCCAGUUCCCACCUGUCCCCUCCGCCCUUGGCUUCAAGGAGCUGGGGCCAAACUCUGGCAAGACCCAGGGGGUGCGCUGGAAGCGCCCAUCGGAAAUCGUGGGGGACCCUCAGUUUAUUGUUGGAGGCGCCACAAGGACAGAUAUCUGCCAGGGGGCUUUGGGUGACUGCUGGCUGUUGGCUGCCAUUGGCUCCCUCACCCUCAACGAGGAUCUCCUGCACCGCGUGGUGCCCCAUGGACAGAGCUUCCAGGAGGACUAUGCUGGAAUCUUCCACUUCCAGAUCUGGCAGUUCGGCGAGUGGGUGGACGUGGUGAUUGACGACCGGUUACCGACCAAGGACGGGGAGCUGGUGUUCGUGCACUCGGCAGAGUGCUCCGAGUUCUGGAGUGCCCUGCUGGAGAAGGCCUAUGCCAAGCUGAACGGCUCCUAUGAGGCCCUGUCAGGGGGCAGUACCACGGAGGGCUUUGAGGACUUCACUGGGGGCGUGUCGGAAAUGUACGACCUCAAGCGGCCGCCCAGCAACCUAUCUAGGAUCAUCCGCAAGGCGCUCGAUAGAGGAUCCCUGCUUGGCUGUUCCAUUGACAUCACAAGUGCCUUUGAUAUGGAAGCAGUGACCUUCAAGAAGCUGGUAAAGGGGCAUGCCUACUCUGUCACAGGCUUCACUGAGGUGGAUUACCGAGGUCGCCAGGAACAGCUCAUCCGCAUCAGGAACCCCUGGGGUCAGGUGGAGUGGACUGGAGCCUGGUGUGACGGCUCCUCCGAGUGGGACAACGUGGACCCCACCCAGAGGGAGGAGCUGCAGCUGAAAAUGGAGGAUGGUGAGUUCUGGAUGGCUUUCAAGGACUUCAUGAGGGAGUUCUCCAGGUUAGAGAUCUGUAAUCUGUCCCCUGAUGCCCUGGACAAGGACAGCGUGAGCAAGUGGCACACAACUCUGUUCGAGGGUUCCUGGCGCAGAGGCAGCACAGCAGGGGGCUGCAGGAACCACGCAGCCACGUUCUGGAUUAACCCCCAGUUCAAGAUCAAGCUCCUGGAGGAGGACGACGACCCCGAGGACGACGAGGUGGCCUGCAGCUUCCUGGUGGCCUUGAUGCAGAAGCACCGGCGGAAGGAGCGGAAGAUGGGGGGAGACAUGCACACCAUCGGCUUUGCCGUCUACGAGGUCCCGGAGGAGGCCCAGGGCUGCCAGAAUGUGCAUCUGAAGAAGGAGUUCUUCCUGCGGAACCAGUCCCGGGCACGCUCAGAGACCUUCAUCAACCUCCGGGAGGUGAGCAACAAGAUCCGGCUGCCCCCGGGCGAGUACCUCAUCGUGCCCUCCACCUUUGAGCCGCACAAGGAGGCCGACUUUGUCCUGCGCGUCUUCACUGAGAAGCAGUCUGACACAGAGGAGCUAGAUGAGGAGAUCACCGCGGAUCUGCCGGAUGAGGAAGAGCUCUCGGAGGACGACGUGGACAGCGCCUUCAGGAACAUGUUCCAGCAGCUUGCAGGAGAGGACAUGGAAAUCAGUGUCUUCGAGCUCAGGACUAUUCUGAACAGAGUCGUCACCAGACACAAAGACCUGAAGACGGACGGGUUCAGCAUGGAGUCCUGCCGCAACAUGAUCAACCUGAUGGACAAAGAUGGCAGUGCCCGCCUUGGCCUUGUGGAAUUCCAGAUCCUGUGGAACAAGAUCCGGAGCUGGCUGACAAUCUUCCGCAACCAUGACCUGGAUUCGUCAGGCACCAUGAGCGCCUAUGAGAUGCGCAUGGCUCUGGAAUCAGCUGGCUUCAAGCUGAAUAACAAGCUGCACCAGGUGGUGGUGGCGCGCUAUGCCGAUGCAGACCUGGGCAUAGACUUCGAUAACUUUGUCUGCUGCCUAGUCAAGCUGGAGGCCAUGUUCAGAUUCUUCCGCAGCAUGGACGCCGAAGGCACCGGCACAGCAGUGAUGAACCUGACCGAGUGGUUGCUGCUGACGAUGUGUGGCUAGGAGCAGAGACGGACCCGUGCAGGCUGAAACACCCCGAUGGGCUGGGACACCCCACAGUGCCUCCCCCUCGGAUUUACAGACAUGAAAUGUCCAUCAUCACCCCCGCUCCUUGCCUCUCUGUCCCUCUCCCUCCCCAUCCCACACUGAGCCCAUGGCCCUCACCCCACCUCCCAGCAGGACACACUCCAGCGUCAUGUUGCCCCUUUUCGACCCAAGUGGCUAAUCCGUUUGGGGCCCUGCGGGUGUUCCAGCUGGGAGGAGAAGUUGGCGAUAGGCCAAUCUCUCUUUGAUGCAGUUUUGUUUAUUUGCAAAGAAUGUACAAAGUCCUGUGUCUGUGAAGGCAGAGGGCAUCGAAUAGCAGGAACCAGUUUCUUUGGUUCACAGCACCAAGAUUUGUCUUUUCACCUGCACCCCUGACCCAAAAACCUCUGCCCAGGUUUCUUCCGGGGUCAGCCACCAUGCUUUUCCUUCCGCCCGUCUCUCUCAUUCAGUCUGCCACCCAGUUUGUGUUAUUCCCCCAUACCCACACACGCACACCUGAUGACCAUACCCAGUCGUACCUUCUGCCCACCAAGUGCUAGUUUCUGGGCAGACUAUUAGGUUUUGUUUCAGGUGUGACCCCUUAGCUGUCUCUUAUGAUGGACUUAAACGAGGGACUUAUUCACACAUCAGUUAGAAGUUUUAACUCAAUCCGUAACAAGGUUUCACCCAGCUUGUAACAGUCCCAAUGGCCAAGCCUCUCUAGCUCAUUCCCGAUUGUGGGCAUGGCUUGUACCCCGCAAUAGGAGGAGGUUGGGGAGGGCACAUGGGAGUAUGCUGCAUGUCAAGUCAUUGCACAUGGUCUUCAGACCAGCAACUCUAGCUGCAUGUAGCGGGGCGCCAGUAAGGGAUGGAACUUGACUGCAGGGUGCAGAGGACCUGGCCCCCAGCGGGAGGGGGUGAGAUCUGUGUCACUUCCUGGGGGACUGCUCUGGCCCACGCUGGCCAUUGGUGCCAGUUUGAUUUUGUGAGUGAAUCCCACCAGGACUCAGCACUGGGAAUCGCGACCCAGCAUCUUUGCUAGGGGCUAGGCAGUGAGCUCUGGGGCUGAGCUGCAGCCAGGAUGGGGGUUGCCUCUGGUUAAAACCAAGCAGAGGCAUUUGAGAGGAGGAGAAAGAUCUAGUGGUUCAGAACCAGGCAGUGGGAGUCCUGUGUCCUGUUCCUGGCUCUGGGAGUGGAGUUUGAUUUAGGAGUUGGAGGAAGGAGCUAGGAGUCAGGACUCCUGGCUGCUGAGCUGUUCUAAGCACUUACAUGUUCAUCACCAUAAUGCCUGAGCACCUUCUAAACAUGGCCAUGACCAAAGUAUAAAGCCCCCUCGUGGGACAGGAGUCUUGGGUCCUAGCCCCACCUGUCACUGACUCGUGUGGCCUUGGGCAAGUCUCUUCGGCCACUCUGAGCCUUAGCCCAUGUCUGCACUAGAGAGCUUACAGCAGCACUGCUGUAAGCUCUCUCGUGUAGCCGCUCUGUGCUGACAGGAGAGAGCUCUCCCGUCAGCAUCAUAAAACCACCCCCACGUGGCAGCAGGAGAAGCUCUCUUGCCAAUAUAGCGCUGUGCACACUGGCACUUCUGCUGGUGUAACUUAUAUCGUGCGGGGGGGGAGGUUCUUCACACUCCUGAGUGACAUAAGUUACACCCACAAAAGUGGUCAUGUAGACGAGCCCGCAGUCUCUUCACCCCAGGAUUGCUGAGUGCAAGAAGUUUGUGGUGAGUGUUACUCUUCUGCCCCCUGCUGUUGUGGAAGGGGCAGUACACCCUCUAUCUUCCCUAGAGAGAAGUUUAGGGGUUUCUCUCUCCUGUACCACCCCCUGGUGUCUUGACAGGAACAGGGCUGUGAUUUCCUCCCCCAGGGGUGAGUUCCUUUCUUGCCCCCUCACUUCAUGGCCCCUGUGCUGCUGCUGCAGUGGGGUGGCCCUAGCUGGGGCUCUGUCCAAAGCCCCUGCCCUCAGGCAGGGGUGUGGGCAGCAGCACUAGCACUUGGCCCUCCACCCCACCCCUUGCCUAUGCAUUUCUGGAGGAUAUGGCUGUGGAAAUAACCACUUCUGCUCGGCUGACAGAGCUGCCUCCCCAGCCCCUGCUCACCGUGUAGCCUGGAUAAUAAAUAGAGAUCUGUACAAACACAGCCUCUGCAGU